AUGGCCGCAAGUGAGGCUGGCGGUGUUGUUGCAUCAGCUACAGCAUCCGAUUGGGAUACAAGAGAGUCAAUGCGUCAGCGUGAAUUAGAUGAAGCCAGGGCACGAGCAACACAAAUGGAGAAAACAAUGCGAUGGUGGUCUGAUUGUACUGCUAACUGGCGUGAAAAAUGGAGCAAGGUGAGAAAUGAAAGAAACAAAGCUCGAGAAGAAGCUAAGAUGCUCAAAGAUAAUUUAGAACAUGUACUAAAAGAAAACAGUAAUAUAAAAAGAGAAAAGCAAAAUCUCGAACAACAGAAUGAAUGUUUGCGCAAAGAAUUAGAAAAAGUCAAUCUGAUUCUAUUAAAACAUGCAGGACAAUGGGAUUCUCAACUGGUUGAUGCAUUGGAAAAUGGUAUUUCUGAUCCAGAUACUUGCUGUAGUUCAUCAUCUAUACCUCAGCCAUCGAUUGUGAGUGAUUCUGGUAUUGAAGAAUAUGUUUUACAAGAGGCUGUUCCCAAACAUGCGGUUGAAAUGUUCAAUCAAACAACUUCUCCCAUUAAAUCACCAAUUCCUAAUAAAACCAUAUCUGACGAAGUAGCCGAUACACUUGAGAAGAAUUUAGAAAAUCUGUUGGAAAGCACUCAACAAGAUUUAAACAAUUUGCAUAGUCAGUUGUCAGGUACAGAUAGUGUUAAAUCAGAAUGUCAAACUUGUCAAGACAAUCAGGUUAUUACAAACAAACGUUUGGAAGACUUAAGAAUACAGCUAGAACACUUACAAUCUGAGAAUGAAAUUGAAUGGAGCAAAAGAGAACAACUAGAAAGUGAAAUGAUGAACUUGGAAAGAAUCAAUAAGCAAUUAAAAUCUGAAUUGAACGACACACUAGAUAAAUUGCAGAAACAGAGUAAACCUGAAUCAACAUCAGACACAAAAUAUAGAUUAUUGCAAGAAGAGUUGGCUGAUAAAAAUAUUGAGUUAGCCAAUUUAAAACACAUUUUAUCCAAACAAAAGAAAAUAUGUGUUGACCAAAGUGCUGAGUCAGCGCAUUUAGUGAGGCGUGGUGAGCAAUAUGAGAAUGAAGUCAAGCGUUUGAGAAGCCGAGUAGAGGAAUUAAAAAGAGAAUUAGCUACUACAGAAGAAGAUUAUGAUACUGCUUCUAAUACUAUAAAGAAACUUCAAAGAUUAAACGAAGACUUACAAGAAAAGCUCGAUAGCUUACAGGCCGAAUUAAUGCAUCAAAAUAUAAGAUUGACACGUUUAACAAGUCGAGUAUCUUCAGAUGAUUCAAGUCAUAGUGAUGAAGACUGA